AUUAAACCCACAAAUGUCAUUAAUAGAUUAUAUAGAGGAUGAUUAGACUUACUAAUUUACUAAAUAUCUAAACCUGGUAAAGGUAUGCUGAUGACUAAUCCUAUUAGACUGAAUAAGAUAAGCAACUUUUUGAUAGAUUUGCAUAUGGAGUUUGUGAUCCGUCAAUUAAGUAUCCAAAUGAGAAAUAAAAAAAGAAAAUGAUUAUACUUACCAUUCUAUAAUUGUGUUAGAGGUUAUCAAUAAUAAUAUUAUAGAAAUAAAUGUGUGACUUUUGAUAGUAUUUAGCAAGCUUGUUUUUUAAAUUCUCAAGCUGAGAUUGAAUAGUUAUUAAUUGAUCUCAUUCAAAAAGAAUUGAUUAUUGGCACUAUAGAUGAUCAGAAAGGAUGCUUAAAUAUCUAAAGAUGCAUCAGCAGAGAUGUUAGAAAGUCUGAUAUUCCAGCUAUGAAGAAGUAGAUUGAAACCAUGUACGAGAGAGUAAAACAUUUGAAACAAUAGUUAAAAUAAUAAUGAACGGAAUUUAUUUUAAUAAUUAAAGAAAUUGUGAAUGUGCC